GCGGGCCAAAUCUGGCAAUAUGGCGUCGUCCAUUAAGCUGACGUUAGGCCAACGGCGACUGCACGUACGUGGCUGGUCCAGAACUCGGUGGGAAAAAUAAUUUCGCGCCCGGGCCUUGUUCUUUUCCAACACAAAAACACACAUUUGGGACUAUAUUAGUAUUUGUGUGAAUCAAGAAUAUUAAUGAAAUGUUUUGUAACUGACAAAAACAUUUUCAUGAAAUACUUAUGAAAAAAUGAAGAAUGAUGUGCAAGCCAGAAGAAAUAUCCUACCCUACGGCUACGGUAUUGUACCUCGUCAAAAAUUUGUGUGACUCGUAAGAUCCGACCUGUUUUUCUCGCUUCGUAUGCUGCCACAUUUGUACCGCCUGCUGCAUCAUGUGUUUCUAGAUCCUCGAUCUUCCGAACAUUAUCGAAAUUCAACGCGAGACAGUUUGGAUCAAAACUGUGAGAAAAGCACACAACUGAAAAAUGUCAUCAAAAGUCACUCCUUUAAGUAUAAUAUUGGUAUCAUCCGGAUCAAAAGGUUACCGGUUGUUAUUUAGAUAUCCAUUUCAAGCAGAAAAACAGCAAGAAUUAGUUAAACGAGAUCUGUCAGAUAAUCCAUUUGCACUUCAGACCCCCGAGGAUGAUCCGUAUACUAUCUCAACUAAUCAGUCAUCUACAAGACAGUCGUGCAUUAUAUCUGGUGAGCUAGACAAUGUUCUGGCCAACAUCCUUACACCAAGUAACACAGAUCUGUGUGACCAGAGGUUUGAAGUCACAGUAGAUGAUGUCAAGUUUGUUGGCCAUCCACUUCUAGUACAAGACGUCAAUGCAAAAUGGAGAGAUGAUUCAUCUACAAGGGAAGGGUCAACAAUUAACCUGUUCAAUGUGGUCUUUGUCUUACAGGCGAGUGCAGACUGGUCUCUGGUCCACUGUUAUCAGGAUCUUAGCAAACGGUUAGCACUGGCUUUGAAGCAUGAAGAGAAGAGAUGUGGUUACCUGUCUCAUCAAGCUGUCAUCAUGGUCAGAGCAGAAGACGAGGUCGCAGGUCAACCUGAAGACUGUAAGGAAUCACCGUUUCAUCUCAUGUUACAAAGAAGCAAACUCACUCAGGAUCUAAGAGAUGUCUAUGAAGGUCUGCAUAAGAAUGGAAUAGCAAGGGUUUACAUCAAUAAUUGGAUAGAAGUGAGCUUUUGUCUGCCUCAUAAAGUACACAAUGUUUCUGAGGUUAUUACUAUCAAGCAUAAUGGCAUUGAGAAGAGCCUUGGCGCUAUCAGACCAUAUCAUGCCAUGCUCUUAUUGGAGGAUCCAAACACGUUGAGGGCUUCCUUGCCUCGAGAUUGCUCUCCAGCUCUUCAUAGAAUUAUUCAUAUUGCCACGCCCUUGAAACGACUUCAACAACUCUCGCAAGAUGCUGAUCUAGCUCUCUCACAGGUAUUUCAGCUUGUGGGCCAUCUUGUCUAUUGGGGUAAAGCUACAGUCAUUUACCCUAUCUGUGGAAGUAAUGUCUACAUUCUUUCACCCAAUUCACCUACAUCUCCUGGGACUCCCCUGGAUGUGGAAUUCCGAAUGAAGUUUGGCGAAUCCUUGAUCAAAGUUCUAGCUGAUUUCUCACUUCCAUUACCAUUGAGUGAUCAUAGGAAUAGAUUGGCUGAGAGAGAGAGACCAGAGGGUGAGCUGAUCAGAAUUGUCAUGUGGCUUCUCCAAAAAAGAUUAUUGAUCCAGCUUCACACCUAUGUAUUCAUCAUCACCAACCCAACACUCGCCAAGAAGUCUUCUAGCGAUGAUCUAGAGAGGGAAGUAUCCACUCCACCAUCGGAAUCAUCACCAGUCACUAGAGGGCGCAAUACUCCUCAAGGGUCAGGCAGCGGCCAGGGAAGUGGACUUGGAGAAAAUCUAUCAUUUGACUCAGAUGAAUACAGUGUGAGCACAGGCUUUGCUAGCUUUGAUUCCUACUCAACGGAAGAAGGGCGUGGUCAUCCGAGACGGAAGGUACUUGACAUGUUGACAGAACAUCUUACCAAGGAAGAGAAAGCCAGUGUUCUUGCCAUACCUCAUGCUAACAAUCCUGAAGAUAUAAAACUAUUUGCAAGGAUCUGUCCAUACUUGAGAGGGAUGCACCACCUUGAAGAGAUAAUGUACUACGAGAAUGUCAAUCGCUCUCAGCUCUAUGCCUUGCUUGAGAAGUUUAGAGAGGUCCUGGUGACGUGUUCACACCAAGACGCAGCCAGUGUUCAGUACAAGGAAUUCUUAUGAUCAGGAUAUUACUCAACAAUUUUGGAUAAGGUUAGAGAUGUUAUGGUGAUCUGUUGGUACAAGUGAGAUCAUCAGGCACUCUUCAGUGCUACAUCAACGCAUUGCUGAUGAAAUUACAGAGAUGUGAUGAUGAGGCGUUCACACAAAGAUUCAGCCAGUGUUCACACAAGGAAGUGUGAUGAUCAGGACAACUCGUUGCCAUUCAGGACAGGGUAAGAGAGGUUGCAGUGAGGUGUUCACACCAAGAUGCAGCCAGCAUUCACACAAGGAGAUCGUAAGAUCAGGGCAUCUCAUUGCUAUACAUGAUAGGACUACGGACAUCAUGAUGGGUUCACACUUACAUGCAGCUAGUGUUUGGUAUUACAAAUUAUCUCAAACAUGUCAUCUUUUAUCUUCCUCAAAGGGGUAUACUAGUUUAUGUCAUGAUGUGUUUAUACUGAGAUGCAGAUAGUGUUUAGUAAAAAAAAUUCUCAUGAACAUGGCAUCUUUUUACCAUCCUCAAAUGGGGGUACAUAUGUCCUGAUGUACUCACACUAAGAUGCAGCUAGUGUUUGGUAAAACAAAUUCUUAUAAACAUGGCAUCUUUCAUGGCAUCUUACAUGACAUGUUCAUGAAAAGGACCAUUCUAUCAUGUAGGAUGUAUUGAAAGAAGUUUUAGAUUUAAUAAUUAAUAGUUCACACCAAAAGGCAACCAUUAUUCAGUAUAAAGAGUACAAAUGAUCAGAAGAGCUAUAUAGUGGUGUCCUGGGGAAAAUCCAAGCACCAUUAUUGAUUGGAAAUAAGCUUGUGUAAGCAUGACUUGUUCACUGAUAACAUAAAGACAAUUAAUUACAGACCAUUUUGAGGAACAGAAAUAGUCAGCAUGAUUUCAUCAAAAUUUUGUCAGCAUAAAAGGAAUAGACUUUACAUCUGCAUAAGUGGUUCUUACAUAAGUUCAAUAAAGUAGGUCUAGGUUAUAUUUUCCAACCAGGGUCCCAUAACACAAAGGUUAGCGAUUCAACGUACGCUUGAUUUUUACGAUUGAUUGUACAUUGUAGUCAAUGCAAUCAAUCGUUAAAAAAAAAAGUUCUACGAUGAUUAUUAACAUUUGUGUUAUUGGUCCCUGAUUAUGCUAAACAUAUUCACCUGUAAAACAGAGUAUUCUGGUCCCAAGAGAUUAGACUAAGGCAGAGUUACCUGUAUUUAAAGAUAAUGAUGCCAAUUAUGGGAAAGUUUCAAAAUUCUGCCAAUCAGAAAUGAUGUCAAGCAUAUACUGUAGGUCAACCCAUGAAUCUGUAAAUCGCCAAAGUAAAGUAAUAUUCCGACCAUGAAAUUCAUAGCAUGUGUUUUUAACAUUUUCUCAGCUGAAUUUCACCUCAUUCAAACGGUUUCACAUGUAAAGGAUGUGGCUUAUAGUGAUUAGAUAAAGCCAAAUUCACCUACAUGUAUAUGUUUCACAUGCAGCGCUCGAGAUGAAGACAAAUAGGAUCUCCAUGAUGUGUAGCAAGUUGGGUAUCUUUGCAUUCAGUUCCUCACCCAUUAUGACAUCCUUCCCUGCUCUGUGCUGCUUUGCUCUAGGAAGACCUGUACUUGGCCUUCUGCCACUCGUACAUUAUGUUCUCAAGCUCACACUUAUGCUGCUGCAAGAUUGUAGCGAAGUGCCUGCAUGUGAAGUCAACUGCAGUGUUCCCGUAGGUUUCCAUUUCCUUCCUAGUUUGCAGCCACUGGCCGGUGGUCAAGAUAUUUGUGGCGGAAAUGUUACAACUGACUGGCUAUCACAGAUAUUUUGUGGGAGGGACUUUCAAUGUUAUAUGUGAAGUCAAUCUCAUCUGUCAUUUUCAGCGUUGUGCUCUUUAGCUUAAUGAAUUUAUCUUUUCCUAUAAUUUUUUUAGGAGGGUGAAAAGAAACAAAAAUGUGACCUUCUGGAUGACCAUCGAUAUGGGCCUUUCGCUGGAUGCGUGAUGAUCACGAUCCUGAUAACUUGCUCUAUGGGCAUUGCAGGAAUGUCUUUCAACAUCAUACCUGUGCUUGUAUCAGCAUUUGGUGCAAGUAUGUUGUAGUGGAGGGUGUGAGUGUUGGGCAUGAUCCUUCAGAUCCUUUAACCAUCUUGAAUUAACAAUGACACUGAGUUCAUUAUUCAUCCAGAGUUCCCAUUCUUUGCUUGUCGAUGUAAUCCCAGCUAUUGUAAUCUUGAAAUUGUAACCUUAGAGAGAAACCUGUUACCACCGAUACCUUUAAUCCUUCCAGUUGUUUAUUGUUAAAGUGUUUCUGCAUAUUGACCACACUCCCAAUGUGCCUAAAAUGACCUAGGAAAGAGGAAAGGUAGAAGGCAUGACAAGGCUGUCUGGAUAUCCAUUCCGAGAAUUUCUUUCAGGAGGGAGAUAGGAACAGAACUGUUCAUGGAGUACUGGGUUUUCAUCAGUACCUUCAAUCUUAAAUACUCUAUCCACAAUAUGAUGUAAUAGAUAUUUUGCUUUCGAGUACUUGUGCCUGACCGCCCUGCUUACAAUGUAGAUGCCUGUGCACUGGUGCAGGGUGUACCGUACAUUAAUUGCCUAACAUUGGGCCUUAAAUGAAUAAAAGAAUAAAAAUAAAUAUGAAAUAGGUAUGCUCACUUGUCCUCUUAUAUCACACAAAGCUUGUGCAACAGUGUGAAUACACCUGCUGACUGUAGAAACAUCUUCACUAUGGUUGGUUUCUAUCUCGUCGAGAAUGAAACCCUUGACAAAGAGGUUAUUAAGUGCUAUGCAUACCUGAAGAUUCUUUGAUAAGGAAUUACUCUGACCUGUUUUUCUCUCUAGCUCCUGAUUAUUAAGCAUGUUGGCUAUCCUGAUUACUUCAUUUUUCCUGAACCUGUACUUUUUUUUGAACUGUUUAUCUGUGAAAUUGACCAAGGGAUCCACUCACGAGUCGGGGACUCGCCGAUGGUUGGCCUCAGCCGUUUUGAUGAAAUUGUGAGGAGUCGCGUUCAAUUUGAAAUAUUGUGCAUCCUCAGGAAUCUUACAUAAGUUGUUCUUGAUUUGCAAUCAAUUGCAAAGCUUACACUUGAUUGAUCAAUGUACACUGUAGACUGCUGCAUCCAUGUCUUUCUGUCUCUUCUCGUCAGUGUCAUUCAUAAUGUGCAUGCCAUUUUGUCUCCAUUGUGGCCCUUUGUUUUCCCGUGCAUGCCUCACAUCUUCCCCAAGUUUGGAAUAAAACAAAGUUGAUUUUCCUGAUAUACACUUUCUUCUCAGUCCUAGGCCUGCAUUAUUUCCUGAAGAUCCCUAUAACAAAACAAAAAGAAUGUUGAAGAUGGGAACUCGUCAAUAUGUAGUUGAUGAACAUGUUAUUGAAGUUUUCUGUUUGACAGUAUAUCUGGAUGUUGUGUGUGGUAUACAUAAAUGAUAAUCUGAAUGCAUGUAUUAAGUGGAGCGCACCCCUAACCCAAACAAAAUUUAAAAAACAGCAGGCAAGAAAAUGACACUGAAUGUUGGACAUCGUAUGGCCAGUACAAAAAUGGAAAUCUGGGUAUCUUGAAGGGGGAAAAACAACAUUUAACCAGAGCUUAACUCAAAACGAAUGUAAACUGUUUAAUUUGAGUGUAAUAAGAGAGUAGGAUAAAUACUUUAUUCACCCUUUUCUAAUAAACAGGUGAUUUGGAAGAAAACGUUUCACAGGGUUCAGUGAGCAAUACCCUAAUUAUAUAUACUGACCCCAUUGAUCUUAUAACAUUGGGGUUAACAUGACUAGGAAAUGCAUUAAGACACAUAUUGGAUGAAUAAUUAAGAUAAAACUGAACAAGAAGCAGAUCCAUGUUUACUCAUCUAAAUUUAG